AUGUCGAAAUCCAAGACCCUUCUCCUCUCCCUCCUCACAGCCCUCAGCGCCCUCCCACCCUCCCACGCCCAAGUCGUCAUCUCCACUGUCGUCGAAAGCUUCCAAUGGCAAGACCCUUUCGGCGCCCACCCGACCCCGCUUGGCUUCGAAGCGACAUGCGAAUCCAAAAAGACCUACCGCGCCUCGCAGCACCUCAUCGCCGAUCUCGAGGAGCAGCCGCCCAUGGGCCUCGCGCCCUGGUCCGACGGAAUCUUUUACUUCUUCGGCGGACGGCCAUACCCCGGUACGUGGGACGGCGUUGAUAAUAAGGGGGAGUCGCGCGAGAUUAUGAAGAUGGAGUACGCGGAUGUGCCAAGGGCCGUGAGGGCUUGGAUCGAGGAGCAGAAGAAGGGAGAUUCGGAAUCGGUGACGAAGUUUAAAUUUGCGGUGUUUGAGAAGCCUAAGAAGGAGGGAGAUAGGAUUGCGGGGACGGCGAAGCCGAAGAAGGAGGGGGAGGAGCCGGUUAAGGAUGAGGAUAAGGUGUUGAUGUUUGCGCCGGGGGCGAUUUAUGAUAUCUUACCGCUUUGGGUCGCGGAUGGGAGUGACUGCGAGGCUGAACUACUGAACCUCGAGAACUACCAGGCUUACCCCGAAGACAAGAAAAUCGUUGCCUGGCCCGUCGACCGCACUUGGCCUGACGAUGACGCCGGAGACCCAAACAUCGAGUUUACCGUCAAGGCGCAGAUCUUACAAGAGACAGAGGAGGCGCGUACCGCGCGUCUACAGAGGGAGAAGGAGGAAGAGGAGCAGAGACUGCGUCAAGAAGAAGAGGCCAAGAGGUUAGCGGAAGAGGAGGAGGAAGCUAAAGAAGCCGCUGAGGAGGCCGAGAAGGUGGCGGAGGAGGGACGCCCCGGGCAGAGAGAGGAGGAGGCAGCAGUGGAGAGUGAGGCACAGGCGGCCGAGGGGUUGACUGAAGAGAAGAAAGGGGAGACCCAAGCAGUGCCUGGGAAGGAUGAGGAGGAAAGUAGUACGAUGGAGGCGAAGACUGCGAGCACCGAGGCGACUCAGGAGAAGGAUGAGCUGUAG